AUGUCAUUCUCUCCGAAGCUGGCAGGAUUAUCCCCCUCCCGAGUCCCACGACAGGUCCCUCUCUGGAUCAAUGGGACCACUCGCACCACCGCAAAGACCUUUCCUGUUCGCAGCACCCUUACCGAGAAACCCAUCUAUGAGUGCUCAUCUGCCUCAGUGGCGGAUGCAGACGAUGCUCUGGCCAGCGCUGUCAUGGCAUUCCCCUCGUGGGCGCAAACCAAACCCGCUGCUCGACGGGACGUGUUUCUGACAGCGGCUGACCUGGUAGACAAACGACGAGAGAGAUUGGAGGAUACUCUCCGCGAGGAGCUAGGCACCAGCGCUGAGUUUGCGCGCAUGAACACUGCCACAGCUGCUGAAAUGCUCCGUGAUGCGGGCGGACGGUUGGCCCACACGCUCACGGGGCAGAUUCCACAUCCUCAAGAGGCAGGGCAAAGUGCGCUGCUGUAUCGCGUUCCGUAUGGGGUGGUUCUGGGGAUUGCACCUUGGAACGCACCCUACCUGCUCGGGGUGCGCGCUUGUCUCUACCCGAUCGCAGCCGGCAAUACGUGUCUGUUGAAGGGAUCCGAACUGAGUCCCGGGUGUUUUCACCAUAUCGGCGAGAUCUUUCACGAUGCCGGCCUCCCCGCUGGAGUGCUCAACCUCUUGUAUACCACUCGAGAGGACUCGGGUGUGGUGACGAACCACUUGAUCCGUGCCCCUCCUGUGCGCAAAGUCAAUUUCACCGGUAGUUCGGCCGUUGGGGCGCUGGUCGCGGCCGAGGCAGCGAAGUCUUUGAAGCCUGCAUUGAUGGAGCUGGGGGGCAAGACCCCCGCCAUUGUUCUCGAGGAUGCCGAUAUACGACUUGCCGCGCGUGAAUGUAUCAACGGGGCCUUCACCAACUCGGGCCAGGCCUGCAUGAGCACUGAGCGGAUUAUUGUUGCUCGCAAAAUCCUGGAGCCGUUUCGUCGGGCGCUGCUGGAAGAAGUCGCGCGUUGGAACUCCGCCGCCGAAACGCCCUGUAUCUUGAUUCAGCAAGCGGCAGUAGCGAGGAAUCAGAGACUAGCCCAAGAUGCGGUCUCCAAAGGAGCCAGUCUUCUGAGUGGUGGUCCAGCGUCGAGCGAGAAGUUUCAACUACGCCUGCAACCCAUGGUGCUGGAAGGCGUGGACAAGCGCAUGGAUAUCUACCAUGAAGAAAUUUUCGGUCCGUUGGUAUCACUUUACACAGUGGACACUGAGGAGGAGGCCGUUGAUUUGGCCAACGAUACCGAGUAUGGCCUUAGCUGCUCGCUUUUUACCGCAGAUCUGGCGAAGGGACUGAGGCUGGCACGACGCAUCGAUAGUGGCGCCAUCCAUAUCAAUUCGAUGAGCGUUCAUGAUGAGGCUGCCUUGCCCCACGGGGGCCAAAAGAGUAGCGGCUGGGGUCGAUUCAAUGGGGAAUGGGGGCUUCACGAAUUUCUGCAGUCCAAAACAGUAACCUAUCUAGACUGA